AUGGGUCGGGCCCGGCCGGGCGAACGCGGGCCCCGCAGCCCGGGCCCCGCCGCGCCGCCCCCGCCUCCGCCCGCACGCCGCUGCGCGCGCGCCCUGGCGCUGCUCGGGGCCCUGCUGGCCGCCGCCGCCGCCGCCGCCGCCGCCCGGGUCUUUGCCCGGCUCGCCGAGGCCCAGGCGGCCGCGCGGCAGGAAUCUGCGCUGAGGGCCCUGGGGACCGAUGGCCUCUUUCUCUUUUCCUCACUGGACGCCGACCAGGAUAUGUACAUCAGCCCCGAGGAGUUCAAACCCAUCGCAGAGAAGCUGACAGGGUCAACUCCUGCAGCCAGCUACGAAGAUGAGGAGCUGCCCGCUGACCCUGGCGAGGAGACGCUCAUCAUAGAGGCCCGCUUCCAGCCUCUGCUCCCCGAGACGAUGACCAAGAGCAAAGACGGCUUCCUAGGGGUCUCCCGCUUUGCCCUGUCCGGCCUCCGCAACUGGACCACAGCAGCCUUGCCAAGUGCAGUGUUUGCCGCCCGCCACUUCCGGCCCUUCCUUCCCCCGCGAGGCCAGGAGCUGGGCGAGCCCUGGUGGAUCAUCCCCAGCGAGCUGAGCGUCUUCACCGGCUACUUGUCCAACAACCGCUUCUACCCUCCGCCCCCCAAGGGCAAGGAGGUCAUCAUCCACCGGCUCCUGAGCAUGUUCCACCCCAGGCCCUUCGUGAAGACCCGCUUUGCCCCGCAGGGCGCUGUGGCCUGCCUGACAGCCACCAGCGACUCCUACUACACCGUGGUGUUCCGGAUCCACGCCGAGUUCCAGCUCAGUGAGCCUCCCGACUUCCCCUUCUGGUUCUCGCCGGGCCAGUUCACCGGCCAUAUCAUCCUCUCCAAAGACGCCACCCAUGUCCGCGACUUCCGGCUCUUCGUGCCAAAUCACAGAUCCCUGAAUGUGGACAUGGAGUGGCUGUAUGGGGCCAGUGAGAGCAGCAGCAUGGAGGUGGACAUCGGCUACAUUCCCCAGAUGGAGCUGGAGGCCACAGGCCCCUCGGUGCCCUCUGUGAUCCUGGAUGAAGAUGGGAACAGGAUCGACAGCCGCCCACCCUCCGGGGAGCCACUGCAGUUUGUGUUUGAGGAGAUCAAGUGGCAGCAGGAACUGAGCUGGGAGGAGGCUGCCCGGCGCCUGGAGGUGGCCAUGUACCCCUUCAAGAAGGUCACCUACCUGCCAUUCACUGAGGCCUUCGACCGAGCCAGGGCCAAGAACACGCUGGUUCACUCGAUCCUGCUGUGGGGGGCCCUGGACGACCAGUCGUGCUGAGGUUCCGGGCGGACUCUCCGGGAGACCGUCCUGGAAAGUCCGCCCAUCCUCGCCCUCCUCAACGAGAGCUUCAUCAGCACCUGGUCCCUGGUGAAGGAGCUGGAGGACCUGCAGAACAACCAGGAGAGCCCGACCCACAGGCAGCUGGCUGGCCUGCACCUGGAGAAGUACAGCUUCCCCGUGGAGAUGAUGAUCUGCCUGCCCAAUGGCACCGUGGUCCACCACAUCAACGCCAACCACUUCCUGGACAUCACCUCCAUGAAGCCCGAGGACAUGGAGAACAAUGUCUUCAGCUUCUCGUCCACCUUCGAGGACCCGUCCACGGCCACCUACAUGCAGUUCCUCAAGGAGGGCCUGCGCCGGGGCCUGCCCCUCCUCCAGCCCUAGCGCCCCUGUGCGCUGCAGAGGGGGGACGGACACCCCGGCCCGGCCUCUCAGGCCCCGAGCCCAGUGGUCCUCAGCCCACUCCACACUCCACACCCUCCCUCUCCCUCCUCCCACGCUGCCAUAGGAUCUGGAGCCAUCCCUGCCCCGUGGGGGGACCGAUGAGCCACCACCUCCACCCUCACCAGCAGCCCUACCUAACCACCGGGCUCCCCUCAACACAAGCCCCGGGGUCACCUCCCUGGCCCUCACCGUCCAGUCACAGUCCAAGCCCUUGUGGGAGGAGGGGGCGAGAGGGGGAGAGCCCCUCCUGGCUGCCCCUCACCCGGCCCAGAGGCCACGAGCAAGCGCCGGCGCAGGGCGCCAGGCUGCCACAGCACUGUCUGUGUGGAGCCCCCACACCCCGCCCGGCGGCCUCCUGUGCCUGCUGUCCCCUGUCCCCAGCGCGGGUCACUCUCAGCUGGAGACAGCCUGUGCGGAGGCCUGCAGCCAGCGGAAGGGGGGGGGUAGCUGGGGGCUCCCAGACCCACUCAGCCGGCCAGGCCAGAUGACAGGACACUGGGGUGGGGCUGUGAAACGGGCGAAUCCCCGCCAGGGCCCAGCCACCCUAACACAGGGUCCUGGCAGGACAGAUGCUGGUGCCCAGCCCGCAGACCUCCAUAGACACAGCAGCCUCCCGGCACCCAGGCCAGCUUGGUGGCCGCUCCUGGGACCUUGUCCACACCCUGAGCCACUGACCAGGGCCAGUCUUUUCUACACAUGCAGAGAAGUGUUUUUAUGUGAACUAUAGAUAUUUUUUUACAACCUAUGUGCUGGAGAGAAAGCAGGGGGCGCGGCCUCCCCCGCAGCAGCCUCAUGACGGCUGGGUCUGAAAUCCUGCGCAGGCCCAGCUUGAUGUCUUCGCAGCUGUGCGCAGGGGGACGCGCCUCUUCUCCUCCUCGCCCAGCUUUUUAAAAGCAGCUCUCCAGAAACCAGUUCCCUUCCUGGCAGAGGAGGAAGGCGGCGGGCAGACUUCCUAAGGCCCAUCCAGCCUCACCCACCCAUAGGGAGGAGCCCUGCCAGCCGCAGGAGGCCCCGAGCUGCUGGAGCUGCCGGCCUCAGUCUCAGAGGCGCGGGCUGCAAACCGGCUUGUGCCUGAGAAGUUGUCUUGGUUUGGGGUGUUUUCUUUGGCACCGUCCCUCUUCUCUCCCUGCCUGUUUUCUCCAAGGUGUCUGUGAUCUUCAGAUCAAGCAGGGCCAGGGAGCGCUGCCACGUGCUGUGCUGGGAGGUGGCACUUCCCCACCGCGGGGACAAUGCCCAAGCCUCACCCAGCCCCCUUCAUAUCUUGUCCCCUGAGCCUCCAGCCUCAGCCUCAGCUGCCACCUGGCCUCUGGACCUCUGCUUGAAAGGAGCCCGGCCUCGAGAUUCCACUUAGAGAGGCUUGCUUUCUGGAUCUCCAUUCCAUGCCUGCCUGCCCUCAGCUGAGGACGCCUCGCUGCCCUCUUGCCACCCCUCUGCCACUUUCCUCCAACAUGUCCGGUAAUAAAACUGGAGCGUAGAGGGACUCGCAUCUUUCCUUCAA